AUGAAUCUCGCACCCGAAUCUACAAAUAGUGCAGAUGCAGCAGAUGGGACCGUUUCUGCACAAGCUUGUGCUGCAUGCAAAUACCAACGAAGAAAAUGCGCACCCAAUUGCUCUUUAGCCCCGUACUUUCCUGCAGACAGACAGAAAGAUUUCCUCAAUGCACAGAAGCUUUUUGGGGUCAGUAACAUCAAGAAAAUCCUUAGAAAUGUGAAACAAAACGAGAAAGAAAGUGCAAUGAGAUCGAUUAUUUUUCAAGCCAAUAUGCGAGCAAUUCAUCCUGUUGGAGGGUGCUUUCAUGUAAUCAAAGAGUUAGAGAGUUAUAUACAUUUUUACAAGGCGGAAUUGGAUUUUGUUCUUCGUCAAAUAGCGAUUUGCCGGGCUCAGGCUUUAGAGAAUGAGAUUCAGAAUAUGGGUUCUUAUCGGAAAUUAGGGUUUGAUAAUCAAGAAGUUGAAGGAGUGAAAAUUGGUAUUGUGGGAACUUGGGACGAUCAGCCAUUGUUGGUUGAGAAAAUGGAAGAUCUUAAACCGGAUCUUGGUGCAUUCAAAGAAAGACAGGUGCAAGUUCAAUUUCAAUCUAAAGUAUCAAAUUUGGUAUAG